UGUUUAAGCGAGAUUUAUUGUUCUAACCUCUUAAAGGGAGAGUUCUGUAUGCGAGAAAGUGUUUGGAAUAACAGGUGCUUAGUUUGUUGUGAACAAUGGAUAAUUAUAGUUAUUGGAACUAUUGGAAGCGGGCCUUGAAACUUCAUGAACUCAUGGCAGAAAUUGAAAACAUUGAUGACGAUGAGUUGAUUCUUGAUACUAUUGCCGUUCUAAAGCCAGUUAACGCAAAUGAAUAUGGAAGUCAGCUGAUCGAAGUUGAGGUUGUAUUUGAAAACAACAACUACAGUUGA